CUUCGACCAUCACCACACAAAAAAGGGAAAGAAAAUAUGGCUAAACAAGAGAAACCUUUCUUUGCCAUUCAUCAUCCAUGGCUCUUCUUCCUUCUUCUUCUUCUUCUUCUCUCACAACUCUUCUCCAUAUCUCAUCCCAACGUUAUCUUCCAUGUUCCUUUCACAGCCCCAUCACUCUUGCAUCAUCUUUCAAACCACUUACUUAUUCAAAGCAGCACCUGAACCAUAGAAGCUGCAAUUCCAAGCUCUUGGCUUUUUCUUACAGGUAUUUCAAUGAAGAAGAAGAUGAAGAUGAUGAUGAGAACCACACCUUUGAUGAAGCUGUGGCUCUCUUCAAUGGAGGAGAGUACUACAAAUGCCAUGACUAUCUUGAAUCCCUUUGGAACAAUGCAGAAGAGCCCACCAGCACACUCUUUCAUGGAAUACUGCAAUGUGCAGUCGGUUUCUACCACCUCUUCAACCAGAACCACAGAGGAGCCAUGAUGGAGUUGGGGGAAGGACUAUGUAAAUUGAGAAAGAUGGAAUUCUCAAAUGGGCCAUUUCAAAAGUUUGAGAAAGAUAUUUCAGCAGUUCUAGAUUUUAUCUAUCAGACUCAGAUAGAGUUAGCUGCAUGUAGUGAGAAUGUAUGUGUUAGAAUGGAUCGAUCAGAAAGAUCUUACGAACUUCUGGGGGAAUAUGCUUCAGGGAAGCGUGUGUAUGAUCUAGAACUUUGUAGUGAUGCAUCAGUGUACAUUGUGUUCUGUCCUCAAGGCUCUAAUGGUUCCUCUGAAGCCCCAAGAGUAAAGCUUCCUAAGCUUAAGGCUACCAUGGAACAUCUUGUGCCCUAUCAAUACAAGUGAACAUCUUUUCAAGACACUUUCCAUAGAUCAAACCACAUGCAAAUGUUUUCUGUCCUAAAGUGAAAAUAGCAGUAACAAUAUGCAAAAGCAUUUGCAAUGAUUUCAAAAUUGGUGCAUCUAAGUAACCCAGAAAAGGAUAGAAGAAAAGAGUUUAUAAUUUUUUGGGGAGACUUCUUUACUUAUAAUUCAUCAUACCCCCCUUUCUUCCUAUACCAGCCAUUUGAUUUUGCAAGUACCUGAAAAUAUCAUAUUUACACUACAGUACACUAUACUGAGUUUUUAAAAUUGUAUCGUAAAUAAUGCAGAAGUACUUAUGCAAUAGGAAAUAUUCAAUUCAAUUUCAUUUUAGAUUUUGCUCUUUUAAAA